AUGAUUGCAGCUCUCUCAGUUGCUCCUCGGUUUCCGGACUGCGUGGACUGGCAGAAAAUGCGUACUGUGGCCGUAUGGACCGCUUUUGUGUUAGCGUAUUCGAGCAGCCCAUUGGUGGCCAGUACACGAUACAUCGAUCCGAUCUCAGGGCAGUCGGGGAACAACGGCGACAUCGUCGAGAAGCGCGUUGACCUGACCGAGCCGACAUGCGAAGAAUUGAGGGCAAUGUGGAGGAACACCAAACGACAGAGCAGAGCUGCCAAAACCAACACCGGAUAUUCGCUUUAUCCUGAUCCGUUUACGUAUAAUAUGUGGAAGUCCUACUCCGAACGCGCCAAACCUCCUCUUAAUUAUCGAGGAAGAUACACAGGAAGGCCACGCAAUCGCGCGGGCGGAAACGCUCCGGUUUACGGGAAAAUAGUGCACAAGGUUCCAGCCGGAAGCAGAUUACGGAACGGAAUGCGACAGUUCGUGAGGCCCAUCGAGAAGAUUUCGCCAUUUUACGGAACAAUCAAUCCUUACUCGUCGUCCACGAGACGACACCUAUCCAGUUUUCGUACAAUAGGCGGCGGUCCGCCUCCGAUGCCCCAAGUUCCUCAAGCCGGCAGGUUUCAGCACUUGAAAGAGUUGCUUCAAGCCGAACGUGCCCGCGAGCUGAAGGAGCUGCACAGGGCCGAGGAAAAUGAAGGAAAGACUGCGUUCGAGGAUGCGAUGGAUGACGAGUUAAAUAUGCAGCAAAAUCGAAAGCAAUUCUUGAAGCCGACAUUACGAAUCCCAACGAAAGUUAAUUACGAGUUUGGUCAGGGACGAUACACGUCGAAUGUGCCAAAUAUUGGUCAAGCAUGGUCGAGGAGCGAGCCUCAGUCCCGGGAAUAUAUGUUGCGUUAGUACUUGAACUACAAAUUGGCGCAUCCGUAUCUCUGAUACGUCCAUACACAGCAGGAUCGGUAAGGAUUCGCAUCAGUUUCCCUUGAAAUCUCUGACAUCUUGAAGCCUACGUGAAUCGGCCUCUCGCGUUUCCGGCAGCGUCAUCCAUCGAAGGAGUUUCCGCUUUCGUCGAGCCUAGAUCGGUCCCGCAAGUUGCUCGUUCCUUCCGUUAUCUUGCCACACGAUUCCCUCUAAUUUUCAUCCGCGUUCGACCACGCGAAAACGUCAAUAAACGGAACAACGGACCGCGAACGUAUAUUUUCUUAAUUCGUUCGAACUCGUAAUUUCCAGCCGCGUAAGCUUAAUACUAUUUUCGACAAGUGUCAACGACGGUGACGCGAACGUAUUUUGACACCGUUGAGCGGAGAAAAC